UCAUGAGGAAUCUGAGGUGUGAAUGGUCAUUAACAUAUCUUUUGUUUCCAAGGGUGGGAGAGGUCUGAGGUGUGAAUUGGUCAUUACAAUGUGUGACAAGCUUGGUAGGAACAUCCUGUGUUCAGUGUUUUGUCCAUCUGAGUACCUUGAAAAUGCUUUGCAUGCAUUUUUCAUGAUGAAAAAAGGCUCUGGACAGCAUCGGGAACUGGAAGAGUUAAAAAAAAAUGUCAGACGCAAACGCUUAUAAACGUGAUUUGCCACGUUUAGCCGCAUUUUACGCUUGAAACGCUGAUAAAAUCAACUGCUGAACGCACGUUUUCUACAU